AUGGCGCUGGCCCUGUGGAUCUCUGGCCUGCUGGCCUCCGCCUGCCUGGUGUCAGCCAACAUCUUUGAGUACCAGGUGGACGCCCAGCCGCUCCGUCCCUGCGAGCUGCAGAGGGCCAGGGCCUCCGGGGAGCGAGCCAGCCACGUGCCCCAGUGCGCCGAGGACGGCAGCUUCCAGACCGUCCAGUGCCGGAGUGACGGCUACUCCUGCUGGUGUGUGAGCGCCGACGGCAGGGAGGUGGCUGGCAGCAGGCAGCCCGGGCGGCCCAUGGCGUGCCUGUCCUUCUGCCAGCUGCACCGGCAGCAGGUCUUGCUGAGCGGCUACCUCAACGGCACGACCGCCUCCUACCUCCCUCAGUGCCAGGAUUCGGGGGAGUACGCACCGGUGCAGUGUGACGUGCGGCGGGAGCAGUGCUGGUGUGUGGACACGGAGGGCAUGGAGGUGUACGGGACCCGCCAGCGGGGCAGGCCCACGAGAUGUCCCAGGAGCUGUGAGAUCCGGAACCGCCGCCUUCUGCACGGAGUGGGGGACAAGUCGCCCCCCCAGUGCUCUCCGGACGGCGGGUUUCUGCCCGUGCAGUGCAAGUUUGUCAACACCACGGACAUGAUGGUCUUCGACCUGGUCCACGGUUACAACAGGUUUCCAGACGCUUUCCUGACGUUCAGUGCCUUCCGGAGAAGGUUCCCGGAGGUGUCCGGGUACUGUUACUGCGUGGACAGUCAAGGGCGGGAACUGGCUGAGACAGGUCUGGAGCUGCUGCUCGAUGACAUUUACGACACCAUUUUCGCCGGGCUGGCCCUCGCGCCCACCUUCACGGACACCACCCUGUACCGGAUCCUGCAGAGGCGCUUCCUCGCCCUUCAGCUCGUUCUUUCCGGCAGGUUCCGAUGCCCCACGAAGUGUGAAGUGUAGCGGUUCACAGCGAACGACUUCGGUCACGCCUACGUCCCAAGCUGCCACCGAAAUGGGGACUUCGAGGCGGUGCAGUGCCAGAGGGGAGGCCCGUGCUGGUGUGCAGAUGCCCAGGGCAAGGAGGUCGUGGGGACUCGGCGGCAGGACGCGGCGCUGCCUUGCGCUGGCGCCGGGUCCUGCUCCUCCGAGAGGCGGCGCGCCCUGUCCAGGCUCCGCUUCGGGCCCUCGGGCGACCUCAGCCUCCGGGGCUCCUUCGUGACCCCCCGGAGAGGAGCUGGAGGGGCCCCGCCCUGCCCGCCCACCAUCAAGCAGCUCUUUGUGGACUCGGGGAUCCUCCGCUCCCUCAUCAAGGGCCAGAAACCACCGUUUCCCGCCGCAGGGAGUCUCCUCCCAGAAGCCAUCCGAGGGCUUUUCCCCUCCCGCGAGCUGGCUCAUCUUGCCCUUCAGUUUACCGCCAACCCAAAGCGCCUGCAGCAGAACCUCUUUGGGGGGAGAUUUUUGGCGAACGUCGGCCAGUUUAACUUGUCGGGAGCCCUUGGCACAAGAGGCAGCUUUAACUUCAGUCAGUUUUUCCAGCGACUCGGCCUCCCAGGCUUCCAGGGUGGAGGAGGACUUGUCAAUCAAGCCAAACUCCUCUCUGCGGGACUGGAUUCGAAUCCUGCUGUGGAAACACCCGGAGCCGCGAAGGAAGGCAGGGCUAUGAAUAAGACAAUUGUGGGCAGCUUUGGCUUUGAGGUCAACGUGCAAGAGAACCAAAACGCCCUGAAAUCCCUCGCUUCUCUCCUGGACCUUCCGGAAUUCCUUCUGUUCCUGCAGCACGCGGUGUCCGUGCCGGAAGACAUAGCCAGGGAUUUGGGUGAUGUGAUGGGAAUGGUGCUCAACUCCCAGGGCUGUGAGGCAACACCCGGCAGCCUUUUUGUCCCGUCAUGCACGGCAGAAGGAAGCUAUGAGGAUGUCCAGUGCUUUGCCGGAGAGUGCUGGUGUGUGGACUCCCAGGGCAAAGAGCUGCCCAGCUCCAGGGUGAGAGGCGGACGGCCACGGUGCCCCACAGCGUGUGAGAAGCAAAGGGCUCGGCGGCUCAGCCUCGCGGGCAGCCAGCCCGCAGGCUCCAGUCUGUCCAUGCCUUCCUGUACCCGCCAGGGCCACUUCUUACCCAUUCAGUGCUUCGACUCCGAAUGCCACUGUGUGGACGAGGAGGGUCAGGCCAUUCCUGGAACUCAAAGCGCACCUGGGCGACCCCAGCAGUGCCCCACACCCUGUCAGCUGCGGGCCGAGCGCGCCUUCCUCGGGGCCGUGCGGACCCUGGUCUCCAACUCCAGCCUGCCGCCCGCCCUCUCCAGCGUCUACAUCCCGCAGUGCAGCGCCCGCGGGCGGUGGAGUCCCGUGCAGUGUGACGGGCCCCCGGAGCAGGCCUUCGAGUGGUACGAACGGUGGAGGGCCCAGGACAGCGGUGGCCUGGAGCUGACGGCGGCUGAACUACUCACGAAGGUCCUGAGCUACAGGGACGCAGCCUCUGGCAGCUUCCGUCGCUUCCUGCAAAGUCUGUACGAGGCCGGCCAGCAGGGCGUCUUCCCCGGGCUGGCCAGGUACUCCUCUCUCGGCGAGGUCCCACCGGCCGUGCUGGAUGGGAACCGGACCCGGCCCGGGGGCAACGUCCUCCUGGAGCCCUACCUCUUCUGGCAGAUCCUACGCGGCCAGCUCCGCCGGUACCCAGGGCCCUACUCGGACUUCAGCGCCCCGUUGGCGCACUUGGACCUGCGGACCUGCUGGUGUGUGGACGAAGCCGGUCAAGAGCGGGAGGGCACCCGGACCGAGCCGGGUGAGGUCCCCACAUGUCCCGGCUCCUGCACCGACGCGCAGCUGCGUGCUCUGCAGUUCAUCGCGGACUCGGAGGAGGUGGUCUUGGCUUCCAACAGCUCCUGGUUCCCUCUGGGGGAGAGUUUGCUGGCGGCCACGGGCAUCCGGCUGAGCAACGAGGAGCUUGGCCUGCCCCCCGGCUCCCCACCCCGGGAGGCCUUCUCCCAGCAGUUUCUGGGCGGCAGCGAGGACGCCCUUCGCCUGGCAGCGCAGUCCACCUUGGACUUCUAUCAGAGUCGCAGCUCUUCCCCCGCCGCCUCCGGAGCGUCCCGCCUGCGGUCCAGCCCCUACGUGCCCCAGUGUGACGCGUUUGGAAACUGGGAGCCUGUGCAGUGCCACGCGGGGACCGGGAACUGCUGGUGUGUGGACGGGAAGGGACAGUACGUGCCGGCCUCGCUGACUGCCCGCUCCUCCCAGGCCCCCCAGUGCCCCUCCGCCUGUGAGAGAGCGCGAGCCAGCGGGCUGCUCUCCAGCUGGAAACAGGCCGGGUCCCAGGGAGACCCUUCCCCCGACGACCUCUUCAUCCCAACCUGCCUGGAGACAGGAGAGUUUGCCAGGCUGCAGGCGACGGAGGCUGGCAUCUGGUGUGUGGACCAGGCCUCAGGCGAGGGCACCCCGCCCCGCACGAACGGCAGUGCCCAGUGCCCCGGCCUCUGUGAAGCACCCCAGGGCGGCAUCCUCUCCCGGACGGCCAGCCCAGGCUACACGCCGGCCUGCGGGGCCGAGGACGGAGGCCGGUCCCCAGUGCAGUGCAGCCGGGCCCAGGAAAGCUGCUGGUGCGUUCUGGGCAGCGGAGAGGAGGUGCCCGGGACUCGCGUGGUUGGGAGCCAGCCGGCCUGUGAGAGGGGAGGGGGUCUAGAGAACAGGGACAGUGGGGGAGGGGCAGGAGGGCCUGAGGACAUGGUGACCACGGAUUCCCGAGAGCUGGAAACUGGUGUCCCCUCCCUGCCAACGCACAGCCUGGCGCUGAGCUUCUUGGCCGGCGACGGGGACCGGACUGGAUGUGUGAGCGGAGACCUAGUGCCGAGGCCCCGGGCAGGGCACCUGGCGAGGAGGUUUCCCUCGCAGUUCAAGGAAAAGACGGGGGAGGGCAACAGCAUGCAGAGAAGAGGAGGUGGGGCCGACCGGGAUGCCCACCUGGGACAGCUGGAGGCAGAGGUGCCACGCAUUGAGCUCUGGGUACUGAAGCACGAACAGGCGUGGCGGUGCCAGCUGCUGUGUCGCCGGGGCUACCUGAGCGCCUUCCCCCUGGGGCCGCUGGAAUGCAGUCUGGAGAGGAGACGCUGGCUGUCACAGCCGCCCCAGCCCUGGGCCUGCCAACGGCCCCAGCUGUGGCAGACCCUGCAGACCCGAGCCCAGUUCCAGCUCCGGCUCCCGCCGGGCAAGAUGUGCAGCGCCGACUACGCGGGGCUGCUGCUGGCCUUCCAGGCCUUCAUCUCGGACGAGCUCACAGCCCGCGGCUUCUGCCAGGUCCAGGUGAAGAUGGUCGGGACCCCGGUUACCGUUCCGGCCUGUGACGACUCGGCGGUGCGGGUGGAGUGUCUGACCCCGGAGCGUUUGGGAGUGAAUGUCACGUGGAAGUUGCGGCUUGAGGACGUCCCGCCGGCCUCUCUCCCUGAUCUGCGUGACGUCGAGGAAGCCUUGGGCGAGGGCCUCGCAGGGCGCUUCGCGGAUCUGAUCCGAAGCGGCGAGUUCCAGCUGCAUCUGGAUGCCAAGACGUUCCCAGCAGACACGUCCCUCCGCUUCCUCCAUGGGAACAGCGUGGGCACCUCGCCCAGGACCCGCUAUGGGUGCCUGGAAGGAUUCCACCCAAUCUCGGCCUCCAGCGACGCCAGUCAGGACCCACUGGGGUGCGUGAAGUGUCCCGAAGGAAGCUACUCCCAGGACGAGCAGUGUGUUCCCUGUCCCGCUGGAUUCUACCAGGACCAGGCUGGGAGCUUGACCUGCGCCCCGUGUCCUGAGGGCAGAACCACCAUUUCCGCCGGCGCGUUCAGUCGGACUCACUGCGUCACCGACUGUCAGAGGAGCGAGGCCGGCCUGCAGUGUGACCAGGACGGCCGGUACCGCGCCAGCCAGAGGGACAGGGACAGUGGGAAGGCCUUCUGUGUGGAUGACGCGGGGCAGAGGCUGCUGUGGUCUGAAACGGAGGCCCCGCUCACGGACUCCCAGUGUCUGAUGAUGCAGAAAUUUGAGAAGGUUCCGGAAUCGAAGGUGGUCUUCGACACCGAGGUUGCCGCAGGAGUCAGGUCCCAAGCUCCUGGCUCUGAGUUCCCCCUGGCGCAGUGCCUGGCAGGCUGUGCCGUGGAUCCGGCCUGCAGCUUCCUCACAGUGUCCACGGUGGGGUCAGACGUCUCCUGUGACUUCUAUGCUUGGACAAGUGACAGCAUCGCCUGCACAGCUUCUGAUCAGGGUCAAGGCGCUGCGGGGAACGCCGAGGCCACCGGCUUUGGAAGUCUCAGGUGCCAGGUGAAGGUGCCGCCCAGGGACCAGGGCUCUGUGGCUGUGUAUCUGAAGAAGGGCCAAGAAUUCAGCACAAGAAGUCGGAAAAGCUUUGAACGAACCGGUUUCCAAAACGCGCUCUCGGGGAUGUACAGCCCCGCCGUGUUCGCGGGCCUGGGGUCCAGUCUGACGGAGGCGCACCUCUUCUGCCUCCGCGCGUGUGACGCGGAUGCAUGCUGCGAUGGCUUCAUCCUCACGCAGGUCCAAGGAGGUCCCAUCAUCUGUGCCCUGCUGAGCUCCCCCGACGUCCUGCUCUGCCAUGCCCAAGACUGGAGGGACCCCUCCACAGCCACGGCGAAUGCUACGUGUCCCGGGGCGACACCCGGCCAGGGCAGCCGCCCGGGGACACUGCUCCUGGGCGGCCAGGAGUUCCAGGGCCCGGACCCCCGGGAAGGGACUCAGGGCCCCCUGACCAGUUUCCAGCAGGUCUAUCUCUGGAAAGAUUCUGACAUGGGGUCUCGGUCCGAGUCCACGGGCUGUAGAAGGGACUUGGGACCAAUGUCAGCACCUCCACCGGAAGCAGAUAUGACGUCACAGCUCUUCUCCCCUGUGGACCUUACCCAGGUCAUUGUCAGUGGGAACCGGUCCCUGCCCAGCCGGCAGCACUGGCUGUUCAAACACCUGUUCUCACCUCAGCAGGCAAACCUGUGGUGCCUUUCCCGCUGUGCCCAGGAGCCCUCGUUCUGUCAGCUGGCCGAGAUAAGAGAUAGCGCGCCCUCGUACUUCACCUGCACCCUCUACCCAGAGGCCCGGGUGUGUGAGGAUGUCCUGGAGCCGCGUCCCACGGGCUGCAGGCUGAUCCUGCCCCGCAGGCCGAGCGCCCUGUUCCGGAGGAAAGUUGUUCUGAAAGAGACAGUGACGAACUUUUACACCCGCCUGCCAUUCCAAACGCUGACCGGGAUUUCCAUUAGAAGCAAAGUGCCCAUGUCCGACAAGUCCAUCUCCAACGGGUUCUUCGAGUGUGAACGCCUGUGCGACGUGGACCCGUGCUGCUCCGGCUUCGGCUUUCUAAACGUUUCCCAGUUAACAGGAGGAGAGGUGACAUGCCUAACUCUGAACAGCUUGGGACUUCAGACCUGCAGUGAGGAAAGUGGAGGGUCCUGGCGCAUUUUGGACUGUGGCUCUCCCGACACCGAGGUCCGCACCUAUCCCUUCGGAUGGUACCAGAAGCCUGUGGCUGAAAAUGGUGCUCCCGGCUUCUGCCCUUCGGUGGCUCUGCCUUCCCUCCCGGAGAAAGUGGCUCUGGAUGCGUGGCAGACCCUGGGCCUCUCCGCAGCAGUGGUGGACCCGUCCAUCAGGAGCUUCGAUGUCGCCCACAUCAGCACAGCUGCCGCCGGCGACUUCUCUGCUACCCGAGACCUCUGUUUGUUGGAGUGUUCCCGUCACCAAGCCUGCCAGGUCACCACUCUGCAGAGCCGCCCUGGUGCUCUGAGGUGUGUGUUCUACCCUGACACCCAGCUCUGCACACACAGCCUGCAGGCCCAGCACUGCCAGCUUCUGCUGCGGGAAGAGCCCACCCACAUCUACCGGAAGCUGAACACCCCUCUGCUCGGCUUUGGGACGUCUGCACCUUCUGUGACGAUCGCCCCCCACGGCCAGCUGCUGGGCAGGUCCCAGGCCAUCCAGGUGGGCACUUCGUGGAAGCAAGUGGACCAGUUCCUGGGAGUGCCCUAUGCUGCCCCGCCCCUGGCAGAGGGCCGCUUCCGGGCACCGGAGCCCUCCAACUGGACCGGGUCCUGGGCUGCCACCAAGCCGCGGGCCCGCUGCUGGCAGCCAGGGGUCAGGACGCCCACCCCGUCCGGGGUCAGCGAGGACUGCUUGUAUCUCAACGUGUUUGUCCCUCAGAACGUGGCCCCCAACGCGUCCGUACUGCUGUUCUUCCACAACAUGGAGGCCGGGGCCGACGACGGGAGCCUCGUCCUGGACGGCUCCUUCCUGGCGGCUACUGGCCACCUCAUCGUGGUCACUGCUGGCUACCGAGUGGGCGUCUUCGGCUUCCUGAGCGCUGGGGCCGGCGCGGUGAGGGGCAACUGGGGGCUGCUGGACCAGGCGGCGGCUCUGACCUGCAUCCACCUUCUCGCCGCCGGGGCUGGCGGCUCCAGACUCUUCCGGAGGGCCGUGCUGAUGGGUGGCUCCGCGCUCUCCCCUGCCGCCAUCAUCAGCCCGGAGAGGGCGCAGCAGCAGGCGGCUGCCUUGGCACAGGAGGUCGGCUGCCCCGCCUCGCCCACCCAGGAAAUGACAUCCUGCCUCCGCCAGAAGCCCGCCGACGCCCUCAACGACGCCCAGACCAAGCUCCUGGCCGUGAGCGGCCCCUUCCACUACUGGGGCCCCGUGCUCGACGGCCAGUUCCUGCGAGAGGCUCCGGCCAGAGCGCUGCAGAGGGCGCCGCGGGCCACGGUCGACCUGCUCCUCGGGAGUUCACAGGACGACGGGCUCAUCCGCCGGGCGAAGGCCGUGAAGCAAUUUGAGGAAAGUCAAGGCCGGACCAGUAGCAAAACAGCCUUCUACCGGGCGCUGCAGAACUCGCUGGGCGGUGAGGACUCAGACCCGGGUGUGCUGGCCGCCGCCACGUGGUACUACUCCCUGGAGCACUCCGCUGACGACUACGCCACCUUCUCCCGGGCCCUGGAGAACGCUACCCGGGACUACUUCAUCAUCUGCCCCGUGAUCGACAUGGCCCGCCACUGGGUGAGGAGGGCCCGCGGAAAUGUGUUCCUGUACCACGCUCCCCAGAGCUACGGCCACGGCAGCCUGGAACUGCUGACCGACGCCCAGUAUGCCUUCGGGCUGCCCUUCCACCCUGCCUACGGGGGGCAGUUCACUCCGGAGGAGAAGCGCACAGCGCUGAAAGUCAUGCAGUACUUCUCCAACUUCAUCCGAUCCGGGAAUCCCAACUACCCGCACGAGUUCUCACGGAAAGGGCCUGAAUUCGCAGUCCCCUGGCCCAACUUCGUCCCUGGCGCCAACGGGGAGAGCUACAAGGAGUUCAGCACCCAGCUCCCCAAUCGACAGGGCCUGAAAAAGGCCGACUGCUCCUUCUGGUCCAAGUAUAUCCGGUCCCUGAAGGCGCCUGCAGAUGAAGCCAAGGAUGGGCUGUCAGCAGGGAGUGAAGAGGAGGAGCAGCCGGCUGGCUCUGGCCUGAAAGAAGACCUCCCAGAUCCAGGCUCCAAGAGCUACAGCAAGUGACCAAUCCCAAGACUUCCACCCACCCUGCUAACUACCUCCCCUCCCCCUCCCGCCCCCAGGCUGCCACCUUGUUCUCUGAAAUCGGCCCUGGCUUUCAAUAAAGUGUCAA